AUGUCGACUGGUCAACAAACCCGCCUCGGCGAUUCCUCAGCUGCGAGGACGCACCCGGUCGGGACCCCGGGAGAUCAUCCCCCGCGGGAAGAGCCCCAAGAGGGGCGUCUCGCUGCGACUUCGGAGCAAUACUGGCGCAUGUUCAAUGACCCGGGCUUGUCGCCGCCUGACGCCACUGUCGUCCCCCCAUCAGUUUCCCCCGAGGCCUUCCACGACCUCGCCCACCAAGUAAGGGCACUGGCGGGCGUGGUGCAAGCCAUCGUUCCGCUCAUCCCCCAGCCGGCGCCCCCGCAAACGUCGAAAGGAGAGCCCGGAACGGAAUGGUACCAAGGAUCCCCGUUCGCGCCCGAAAUACAAGAUCAGGCCAUCCCGCCGCACUUUCGGCUUCCAUCCCUGGACACCUACAACGGCGCCACCGACCCCGCGGACCACGUAGCCGCGUUUCGCGCCCAAAUGGCGCUGUACGGAACCUCUGACGCCCUGAUGUGCAGGGCAUUCCCGACAACUUUGAGGGGGCCAGCCCGCGCAUGGUACGACAGCCUCAAGGCAGGAACCGUCUCUUCUUUCGACCAGCUCGCCCGGGACUUUGAGCUCAACUUCCUCGCCUACGCGCGUCCGAAGCCAUCCGCGGCGCUACUCCUCGGACUCAACCAAGGGGAAGAUGAGUCCCUUUCCCACUUCUUGGACCGUUUCACGACGCAGAUCCGAGGGCUCUCGGACGCUCAUCCUUCCCUAUUGAUGCAGGCGUUCAUGAUAGGCUUACGACCCUCCAGGUUCUUCUGGUCCCUGGUAGAGCGACCCCCCACAACUGUACCAGAGAUGCUUCAACGGGCGAGCCAAUUCGUCGCUGCAGAGACGUGGAUGGCCGGGAGACCCAGGGGACACAGGGGGACCAAAUCGGAGCCGCCUCGACAGCAACAGCCACCAACAUCUCGGCGCAGGUCGGACAGAUCUGACCCGACGGCUCCGAGGCCCCCCCUACCAGCUUUGAAUUCAUCUCAAACAGACAUAUUCCUUCAUAUAAGGGGAAAAGGUUUGCUCAAAGAACCCUACCCGAUGAGUGACCCCCGGGCGCUGGUAGAUCAAUCAAAAUACUAUCGCUUCCACCAGCAACGUGGGCACGACACUGAACAAUGCCGGGAGUUGAAAAGACAGAUCGAGGAACUCAUCCGCAGGGGGCACCUCGAUCAGUAUCUCCACCCGAACAAAGAAUCUUCUCCCCGCCCGGAAGGGCCCGUCGAGCGACGUAUCGACGUGAUAUCAGGCGGCCCCGCGUCCGGUGGAGACUCCAUGGCCCGCAAGAAGGCAUACGCCCGAGCCACCUCAGCUGAGGCCCCCAGACACGCGCCCGGACCCAGUGUCACCUUCCCGGCCAGGGCGUAUGAACAGGCCGAACACGAUGAUGCACUCGUGAUAUCAGCCAGGAUCGCUAACGCGCAGGUACAAAGGAUCAUGGUCGACACCGGAAGCUCGGCCGACAUACUAUACCUCGACGCCUAUCGGAAGCUCGGCCUACCCAGAGAUAGCAUGAAGCCGGUGUCCUCGGCGCUCACCGGCUUCACCGGUGAUUCAGUUUCGCCGCUGGGGGCGGUUACCUUGCCCCUGACCCUGGGAGUUCCACCAAAGUCGAAGACAACGAUGACCACCUUCUUGGUCAUCGACCUCCCCGCCGCUUACAACGCCAUCCUUGGUCGGCCGACACUCAACAAAGUUAGAGCUGUCGUCUCGACCUACUAUCAGACCGUGAAGUUCCCGACCUCCACAGGGACCGGUGAAACUACGGGAAGCCCUCGAGAAUCCCGGCGCUGUUACUUGACCGCCGUCUCGCUACCUAAGAAGCCCAAGGUCGAACCACCGUUGACGGACCCCCGAGAAAUGCAAAGGUCGGCUCCCCAUGCCGAGCCGAAGGGAACCACCGUCGUUGUGUCACUACAGGAAGGACGCCCGGAACGGGCGAUUAGGGUCGGGUUAGAGCUGCCCGAGCACGAACGAGAACAACUCGUCGGCCUCCUACAAGAAAACGCUGAUGUCUUCGCUUGGUCACCCUCUGACAUGCCAGGCGUCGACCCAGGGGUCUCCCUACAUCGCCUCAGUAUCUCCGCCGAAGCUCGUCCGGUAAAACAAAAGCUGAGGCGGCACGCCCCAGAACGGCAGACAGCCGUACGAGAAGAAGUAACUCGCCUCUUGAAAGCAGGCUUCAUAAAAGAAGCCGGAUACCCGCAAUGGCUGUCCAAUGUAGUUCUUGUCAAAAAAGCAAAUGGAAGCUGGAGGAUGUGCGUUGACUACACAAGCCUUAACAAGGCAUGCCCGAAGGACUGUUAUCCCCUACCAAGGGUCGACCAGCUGGUUGACGCCACGGCAGGCCACACCCGCCUGUCAUUUAUGGACGCCUUCUCGGGCUAUAACCAGAUCGGGAUGGCACCUGAAGAUCAAGAACACAUGGCCUUCAUCACCAAUCAAGGGGUCUACUUUUACAAAGUCAUGCCCUUCGGGCUGAAAAAUGCCGGCGCGACAUAUCAAAGGGCAGUAAACAGGAUAUUCGCCCGCCAGAUCGGCCGCAACAUGGAGGUGUACGUCGACGACAUGAUUAUAAAGAGCCAAGAAGCCGGGACUCACUUGGCUGAUUUGGCCGAAGCUUUCGCUACACUCCGCCAGGUCGGCAUGCGGCUCAACCCCGCGAAAUGCGCCUUCGGCGUCACAUCAGGAAAAUUCCUCGGAUUCAUCGUGCAUGAAAGAGGGAUCGACGCCGACCCAGAGAAGCUCCAGGCAAUCAUCAACAUGCAAUCGCCCCGGACUACCAAGGACUUGCAGCGCCUCAAUUGGAAACUCGUCGCCAUGUCCCGAUUCCUCGCUCGGUCAGGAGAUCGCUGUUUCCCCUUCUUCAAGGCACUGCAAAACCUGAAGGGCUUCCAAUGGACGACUGAAUGCGAGGAAGCCCUCCAGCAAGUAAAACGACACCUGGCCAACCUCCCGCGGCUCACCUCGGUUACUCCCGGCGAAAAACUGAGCAUAUAUCUGGCCGCUUCCCCGCACGCAGUAAGCUCCGUCCUGGUUAAAGAAAGCUCCAACGGCCAACUCUCGGUCUACUACACAAGCCACGUCCUCAGCGGCCCGGAGGAACGAUACCCUCCGAUCGAGAAGCUGGCGCUCGCCCUUGUGCUCUCCGCCCGGAAACUGCGCCCCUAUUUCCAGGCUCACCCCAUGGAGUCCGUCGCCGACUUCAUCGCGGAAUUAACCCAAGACGAGAGCGGGAGCCUCGGACGACCUCCCGAGGCCUGGGUCCUGCACGUCGACGGAUCGGCCAACUCAAAGGGUGCAGGCGCAAGGUUGGUGCUCCGAGCCCCCGACGGGCGGUCAUUCGAGCGUUCCCUCCGUUUCGGGUUCCGCGCCACUAAUAACGAAGCGGAGUACGAAGCACUCCUGGCGGGACUCAGGUUUGCCUUCGAGAUGCAGGUGGACUCCCUCCGUGUCCACACAGAUUCCCAGCUAGUGGCCGAGCAACUCAGUGGAGGAUAUGAGGCUCGCGACCCGACCAUGGCAAGAUACCUUGCACAGGUGAGGAACUUAACCAUGAAGUUCCAUCAUUUUACAUUAUCUAUUGUCCUAAGGGCGGAGAACGAGCGCGUUGACGCGCUGGCUAUGUUGGCCUCGAAACCUGCCCCCGAAGUCGGGCCGGAGGUCGAGGAGCUACCCGCCCGUGCCUUUGAAAUCGCGAUCGUGGCUACUGGCAGCGCGUCCUCCUGGGUACAAGAACUGCUGCACUACAAACGGGACGGAAUUCUUCCGCCCGACAAAGCAACAGCCCGGCGCCUGCUUCGCACGCACGCGUGGUAUAUCGAGGCGGGCGGGCGGCUCUACAAGCGAUCCUUCUCGUACCCCCUCCUGCGAUGCUUGGAGCCCGACGAGGCGCAAACCGUCCUGACAGAGAUACAUGAGGGUGCCUGCAGAGAACACAUCGGUGGGCGGACCUUAGCGCAUUAA